AUGCCUGCCAAACAAAAAGCAUCUUCUUCAUCCUAUGAACAAUCCUCAUCGGGACCUGCAAAGAAAGGAAGAGGAAAGGAUCGAGGAAUGCGUAAGAGAAGAGGAGAACUCACUGAGGAGGAACGAUUACAAAAGCUUGAUGAAUUAUUAGGACAAAACCAACAGCAAAGAGAAGCCUCGGAGGAAAUUGGAGAGAAUUUUGAUUGGGAUCGAUUGAAAAAGAUUAAAAAAAAGAAUAAGCAACAUACACGAGCCAAACACAAGAUUGAAAUUGGACCAAAUAUUUUCAUUUCUAGAAGACAAAUUCUUACAGUUUUGUUCAUGUUGGAAUUGGACAGUCCAAGAUUAAAGUCCAUUCCUACAACUAGAAUUGCUAGAUCAUGUAAACACCUCAUUCGAGAGUCGCCCAUGUUUGAUGUUCCUAUUAACAGUCGAUCAAAAGAGGUGGCGACCAUGCAUGACUUGAAAAUGUCUAGGGCUGCUUUAGAUCGAUUAACAUUGUAUGUUGAGAAGAAAUUAGAAGAUGUCUUGCGGUGGGGAUAUGUAUUGUCAAUUUCUCAAAAGAAGAAAACUUUGACAUCUGCAAAUGUUUUAACUGCUAGAGAAUUAAUGAACGGAGCAUAUAAUCAUAACCAAGCUGUCAAUUUUAAUGAUUUGAAAAAGAGGUAUAACUGUUUUACAGACGAACAGCAAGAAUUGGAACAAAAAUUGGAAGAUGUUGGACUCAGAAGUAUCGAUCAAAUUUAUUCCAUUCUCGAGAAUUGUGAAUUAAUCAUACCUGGUCAGGAUAUGUAUGUUCCAUUUAAAUUGGAUAUGGCCUUGCGUGAAGAUGAUGUCAAACAAAAGUUGACCGCUAAAGGCAAAGAGUUUUUAGCGAAAUUAAAGCAGCAACAACCCACGGAGGAAGAACAGGUCGAAGAGGAGGAUCAAGAAGAAGGUGAAAACCAAGAAAUGAGCGAUGAGGAAGAAGAAUAG